AUGAGUGAUUUUAGCAUUGAAUAUAUUUUAAAUAGAGCUGGUGAAAAAUAUGAUGGUACCAAUGGAUCGUUAGGAGUGCGACAACAACAACAGCAACAGCAGCAGCAUCUUGAACAGCAACAUGAUCAGCUACAACAGUUGCAAGGCAAUCAGCAGGCAACAUUUAUGGAUCAAAUACCAGUUUUAGAUUGGUUACAAUAUACCCGCUAUCAUCCUCCCAAAUUACAAAGAACUUUACGCCAAGGACCUGCCAAACGUACCCCCGGUCGCCUGCCCCGCAUACCCUUUACCCCCACUCAAUUGCAAGCUUUGGAAAGCGCCUACAAAGCUUCGAAUUAUUUGAGUGCCGAAGAUGCCAACAAACUUGCCGACUCAUUGGAUUUAACCAAUACUCGCGUCAAGAUAUGGUUUCAAAAUCGCCGAGCCCGUGAGCGACGGGAUCGUAGAGAAAAGGAUGAAUCCUAUGAUUCUACUCUAUCAUCGAAUGCCUCCAGCCCUGAACCUGAUGAUGUUAUUGAUAUUGUGUAA